AUGCUCAGCCCCACUCCUUCCCCCACUCUGGCGGUAACGGUAGGCAGCAGGCAGCAUAGCGGCGGUCAGAGCACAGUACCGGCACCCCUCGCCCUGUUAGCUUCGCUCCUCGGUAGUCGGUCGUUCUGGUUAGCAGCCAGUGCCAGUUCAGUAUCAAACACUGCCUCAGAAUCGAAUGUGUCCUCGUUCUCGCAGGUUUCAUCGCGUUUUAUUAUUAUCAGUCUCAAUCCUCGUACCAGUGCAACACUUAACGUUUUCCGGUAUCCUGCCGCCGCCAUUGUUAUCCACGACAGCCAGCCGCAUCCAGGAGCUGUCUCAGGACCUCAAGCUAAAACAACCAACACUGUUUAUAAUAUAAAACUCACUUAA